AUGCCAGGACAACAUCACCAACCACGUGGAAGAGCCUUCUGCUUCACUGCCUUCUAUGAUACGCCACCGACAAUAAUAGGAUAUCAAUACAUCAUAUACCAACGAGAAAUCUGUCCAUCUACAGGAACUCUACACUGGCAAGGAUUCAUAUACUUUACAAAUCCAAGAAGUUUCAAUGCUGUCAAGCAAUUAAUGGGUGGCCUUACCCACAUCGAAUUCGCAAUGGAUAUUCCCAAAUCAAUUGAGUACUGCAAGAAGCAGGAAACAGCAGUUCCUGAUACACAAUUCGAAGACGGAACACCUCCACCAAGCGCACUACCACCAGGCUGGUGGCAGCAAUUAACCAUCCAAUCACUAUGGGAAGAUCACCCAGAAUGGAUGCUAAAACACUAUGCCGGAGUACUAGCAUACCACAAAACCAAAAAGGUAGUGAAAUUCGCGAGGCAAAAGCCUAACGUCACAAUACUAUGGGGACCUCCCGGAACUGGAAAAAGCCACUUGGCCAGAAGCCUAUCAGACGAUUACUACAUCAAGCCUAGCGGACCAUGGUGGGACGGCUAUCACGGCCAAAAUACCGUCAUAUUUGACGACUUCUACUCCUCUGAAAAGUACUGCGACUUACUCAGAUGGCUCAGCGAAAACCCCAUCAGGGUCCCCAUCAAAGGCUCAACUACCGACCUCGAAGCAACGAACUUCAUAUUCACAUCCAACCAAAAUCCAGACUCCUGGUACCCACAAAUCGAGGACAAGUCUGCACUGAAAAGAAGAAUUACAGAAAUAAUACACAUGGAAACACCAUACUGUUCUGAGUAA